AUGCUGGGUCGGAGCACCCAACUGACGUCAUUGGUGACGCUGCUAGGCGGACAGGUCGAUGACGACCCAUUCCUCCCGAUGACAUCUAUGUCCAUGAUGCCUCUCGUCGUGGUCUAUGGGUACAACUCGACCGGGAAGAGCAGCUUGGUACGCCUGGCAUUGCAGACCCUCCAGUGUAUGUCGUCGAUUUCGUUCACGGCGUUAAUCGACUGCACUACCAUCUACUCUCGUCGCCAACUGUUUACCGACAUCCUGCGCCAAAUCGACCCCAUGGCAAGAGCGCAGCCGGACGAGCUGUCGGCGACACUACAGCUCCAGCCUGCCGUAGAUGGAUACCACAACUUGAAUUUCCUUGGCUUUUUGCAGUGCUUGUCCAAGAUCGCGUCGAACAAGAGCCUCGUCGUCGCCCUCGACAACGUCGACCACCUGCUAGCACGUGGCAUGACCGAUUUGCUCUCGAGCUUGCUCCGUCUGUCGCACGAACUGCACGUUCCCGUACGCAUCGGCAUUGUGCUUGUCACCCGCAACAUCUCGGCUCGACUGCACAAAAUGCUUGCCGAGCACACCCCAGCAUACGUCCACUUGCCGCUCUACUCGUCAGGCGAUAUUGCCGACAUCCUUGUGCUGCAGCUGCGCAUGUGGCGCCGUGAGACCCCAUUUCGAGCGUGGGUUCACUUCCUCCAUAGCGUCUUCGAGCACGACUGCCACGACUGGAUCGAUUUUCGCCACCGCGUGCUCGACCUCCUCCCGCUCUUCGACGCGCACUACAGCCCCGCCGACGCGGAGGAUGCCGUCGACAAAGCCGUCCACAAGCAGUUGGUGCAAGCGACGCAGACCCACGUGAAAGCGCAGUGGCACCAGUCGAUCGGCCCGCGCCGCGGGGUCCCGCACGACGACGCUGCCCUCAACAACGACAUCAACUUGCCGCGCGGCAGCCUCUUGCUCGUGCUCGCGAGCUACCUCGCGUCGUUCAAUCCACAGGAAAGUGACAUGGCAUUUUUCACAACGGCGCAGCGCUCCAAGAAGAAGCGGGCGCGGCAUGGUACCGCAGCAGCCUCGUCAAACACCACGAGCUCGUCCAAAUCGAGCGUGUUGACGCAGUUGUUCGGUCCGAAGCCGUUCCCCCUCCAGCGCCUUUUGGCCAUCUACCACAGCAUCCACGACGAGGUGGACCCGUCCUUUGAGACGGAUCCGAGGGAGGGUCGACCCAUGUCGAGGCGGGAAGCGUUUGCACACGUUGGUGGAGCAUGCAUGCAACACAACCGGUGA